CAAGCUAUUGACUCCGAAUCUGGAUUCACCCGUCUUGCAAGGGUUUCCAGCAUUGCCAGCGUUGAUUGUUACAUAUGGAUGCACAGCCGGCUGGAGAUGGCCAAUCAUGUUCCCUCGUAUCUCGUUCAAACAUCGUUUGUGGCCGGAAGACUCACCCAGGCAGUUCAGCUUGCUGCCCGGGUUCGUUUAUUUUGCCAGCUGUUUGAUACGAUGCGGUCAUCGUAGGACACCUCGACGAACGCCGAAACAAACAGGGUUUCGUGCUGCGCCACCUCCACCAAAUCACACAGACCCUCAGAGCUAUAUCAGCAGGCCCGCCCCGCCGGUUUCUAAAGAAUUCACGAGAAUAACCUCACACUCAAAACUAAACUUGCGACCGUCGGACAACUUCCCCAGCGACAGGACCGCUGCAAUACGCCCAUCCACUGCGAGCGCCACCUGAAACACCACCUCACCAACGUCCAUUCGCGAGCACCCAACCACCGCCCACAAUGCCGCCCCUCAUCAACACCGAGCUAAUCAUGCGCACGCUCGGCGAUCCCAAGUAAGCAACUGC